ACCAUCAAAGACCGUAUUUGUAAGAGACAGAAAGAACAUCUGCAAGUACAAUGCUGUUCCUGCAACUUGUGUUGCUGGUGGUUCUCCUCCCAGAUGGUGACAGUGAAGAUGUAUUCCAGGAGCCAAUCUCCUUCCGAAUCAUCCUGACCUUAUCCCUCUACAACCGUUCCUGGACACAAAAUUUUGCCUCAGCUUGGCUGGAUGAGAGGCAGACUCAUAGCUGGAACAAGACUGGAGCUUUCAUUUUCUUGUGGCCUUGGUCCAAGGGCAACUUAAGCAAUGAGGAAGUGAUUACAGCAGAAGAGUCAUUGUAUUCAAACAUCAUUGGAAUGCCCCAGUGUUUUCAUGACCAUUUCAGUGAAUGGCAGCUUGAAUAUCCCUUACAGCUGGCAGGAGGCUGUGAGCUGCAUUUUGGGGCACCAUCAGUAGGCUUCAUGAGGAUUGCUUAUCAAGGAUCAGAUCUUGUGAGUUUCCAGAACACGUCAUGGUGGCCAUCUCCAACAGGAGGAAGUAGGGCUCAGCAGGUUUGCAGACUACUCAAUGAGGACCAUGAAGACAAUGAACUAAUGCAUAAGCUCAUCAUUGACUACUGUCCCCAUUAUCUCUCAAGUCUUCUUGAUGCAGGAAAGGCAGAUCUCCAGCAACAAGGUCAGUCCUGCUCCCUCCCUUCAUGA